AUGAACUUCAACAAAUUAACGUUCUUUAUUGCAGCUCUUGUUGCCUUAUUUUACUUGACUGAGGCAAAUAAGAAAGUGAAUGAGGUGCGUGAUGAGAUUGCAGCAACUCCUAGGCUAUGUCCAAGAUCAUGUAAUGAGCACUUCAAGUGUAAUCCAUUUCACGUGGCAAUAGUCUAUAGCAUAGUGAAUGGCAGAUGUCGUCUAUUCAAUAAUCCGUGCAUAUUUAGGAAUAUCAAUUGUAAUCGCAGGAACCAAUGCCUGAGGCCCUAUGAACAAACUACGGAAGAAGAGUGCCGAGCGGCUUGUCACAGUCCCUGUCUAAUGCCUGGCACUGGGGUGUGCGCAACUUUUUACUCUACAAAUAGUGCAGGUGAUAGAGUUGAGGAAAAGAGGAGUUUCCCAAACAGAUGCUCUUUAGAUGCGUACACCUGCCAGAAGGGUGUUGCAUACCCUAAUUAUGAAGUAACUGAAGGAUUAUGUCCUUAAGCAAUAAAUUUGAUUGGACUGCUACAACUGAUAUUCAGUCUGAAGUCAUCA